AUGGCCGAGGUUAGCGAAUCGUGCCUGUUCAACGAGGCUCAGCAUGCAUUAAAUCGGGCCUCCGUUCUCCACCAUGCGAGCUUUCACCGGCUAAGGUUCGAAGUGGGCCGGCUCCAGGAAGAACUCGAUGCUAAGAGUCGGGAGGUUGACGAGCUUCAGGUCUUAUAUGCAAAGGAAUUAGAGCAUGCCUCAUCUCUUCCCGAUGUCACCCUCCUUAAAUCGGAACUCGAUACGGCUCGGAGUGCAGCCGCCGAAGCCAAACGCGAGCGCGACGAGUUGGCCGAUAAGGUAAAGGCUUUUGAAAUUUACAAUGAGUCUCUAAUAGCCGAUGCUAACGCCUUCACUUCUCAGGCCCGAGCGUAUGUCAGCCAGAUAGAUAAGCUCCGUUCAGAGCUUGAGGGGAUCAAACCCGAGCUUGACUCCCUCCAUGAGGUAACCGUCGGUGCUGUGGCCGAGCGUGAUAUUCUUCGGGAGCAACUUCGGUCGGCGGAAGGACAAAUAACGAACCUUAGCUCAUCACUCGCUUCGACCGACGCGGAGAGGGAUCAACUGGGUCGUGCCAUCGCCGAUCUACAGGUUGAGCACGGGAAAGCUCUCGAUCAACUCUCGGGCUAUGAUGACAUGCUCGGUCAAUAUAAAGCCGACGUGACUGCUGCCGAGAAGGCCAGCGAUCUUAGAGCUGAGUAUGAAUGA